UUUCUUGCAUCCGGAGAUGCCCUAUUUUUCUGGCAACAGCCAUGCCCGCUUCAUUGAAUUGUAAUAAUUCAUCUGGAUCCAGGCUCAAUCUUUUUCCAAGGAGCCUGCCACCGAUCCUGGUGGUGAACCAGAGUUGCCAAAUGUUUUGCCCAUUAACAAUUCCGACACCAUCUGUAAUUUGCCAAGCAUGAGGUGCAGACUUCCUCAUCCACUCACUCAUGUGCAUCCAGCUGAAAAGGUUGUGAGCUCAGAGAUUGAUGGGAAAGGAGCAUGUGUUUCUGCCCAUGCUGGAAACUUAUCUCAAAGAGGCAACAAAUAUCUUGAGAAUGCCGAUCGAAUCACCUCUAAUCUAAACCGGGUGCCUCCAGAAACUGGCCCUUGUUUCAAUUCCACCGCAAAUGAUGAAAAUAGGCGCAGCUUCUGUCCACCUCCAGGGAUGAAUUUCUGCCUCAAUCGUCUUGAAUCUAUUGGACAAGGUUCUUUUGGUUGUAGUUCUGAAAUUUCCUUGGCAGAACUUAUCUAUCCUGUCGAAAGCAUUGCGCAGAUAUUCAUUGCAACGUUCACGUGUGACAUUGCGUGGUUUCUAUCCUACUGUCGAAUUCCUGACCAUUUGCCAGUGACCAUUGCUUGUCACAACACUGAUAGAUGUUGGAGCUCAAGCCCUGAGCAAAGAACCCUUGUACCUUAUCCAGAAUUCCCAAAGCUUGUUGUGGUAUAUCCCCCUUUCCCUGAGAUCAUUGCUUUUGGUGGAGAUCGAAAGAAGCAGGGAAUCGCAUGUCAUCAUCCAAAACUUCUUGUUUUUCAAAGAGAGGAUCGGAUUCGUAUCAUCAUUACUUCUGCCAAUUUGGUUGCCAAACAGUGGACUGGCAUUACCAAUACUGUGUGGUGGCAAGAUUUUCCUCGUAGAAGUGCUCCUGAUUUCUCAUCUUUGUUCACCCAAAUUUCUGAUGAUGAAAUAACACAAGGUGUAAAAUCUGAUUUUGCUGCUCAACUAGCAGGGUUUAUGGCAUCUCUUGUGAUUGAUGCACCUUCUCAGGCUCAUUGGGUUGUUGAGUUGGCAAAAUAUGACUUUAACAAGGCUAUGGGAUAUCUAAUCGCAUCAGUGCCUGGAAUCCAUUCUUGUAUGCCACAAGACACUUUGGAUCUGACUGAUUUUUUGUCUGACAAUCACAGCACGUCAUGUUUAGUGUUUCCAAAGCACAUUGCCAUGGUUAAGGCAUCCAUUGCUGGCGUAAGUCACCUAUUGCAUGCGGUAGCAGACUCAGAUGGUGCAACUCUACGGAAAUUAGCUUCUUUCCUCUCAGAUUCUCAUAUUAAUGCAUCUGGGAUGCUGGAAACAACUCUAAGAAGAGAAACAAAUAUACCUGCCGAUUACAAUGCAGUCAGCAUUCUUGUUCGAAAUCCCAAUAACUUCUUCAAGGGAGAUUGCAUCCGAGUAGGAUUUCUACCUAGAAAUUUUGCAAAGUGGGUAUCCCCCUUGUGGGAUGAUGGUUUUUUCGGUUUUUCUGGCUAUGUUUAUCCAAAGGAGGUGCUUGCUGCUGCUCUUGGAGGAAAUAACAAGAAAGUAUCAUUGAUACUACAUGUAUUUCAGGGGCCUUCUUUUUCCGACAUGCCAAAGUUGAUGCAGCAUCAUCAUGUAAAUGCCUUGUGCUAUUUCAUUGCUUCUAUUGAAAGGUGUAGAGGACUUUAUAGACUGCGUGAGGUCUUAGGUCAAUACAGGUGGCCUGAAUCACUAGAAAGUGACUUUGUUUAUGGUUCAUCCUCCAUCGGUACAUCAAUCAAUGCGCAAUUCUUGGCUGCUUUUUCGGCUGCUGCUGGAAAGAGAUCUUUGCAAUCAUCUGAUUCUGAGGAGUCAGAUCCAGAGUGGGGAUUUUGGACUGCUAGUCAAGAAUUGAAGAAUCCAUCCAUUAGAAUUAUUUUUCCCACUAUUGAGAGGGCGAAGACAGCUAUUAAUGGAAUUUCAGCUUCAAAGCAGAUUCUUUGCUUCUCAGAGAAAACAUGGCAAAAGUUGAAGACUGCAGACAUACUCUAUGAUGCAAUUCCUUAUCCUUCCUAUAGGAUUGGCCACCCAAUUCAUGCAAAGGUGGCAAUGAGGCGCUUUAAGUCCAGGGCAAGUGCAUGUUCUUUUGGUUGGGUUUAUUGUGGAUCACAUAAUUUCAGUGCAGCUGCUUGGGGGAGGUUGAUUUCCAAUCAAUCUGAUGGAAAGUUUAACACACCUGGUCGAAGCAACUUCGAUUUGAAGAAGCUUCACAUUUGCAACUAUGAACUUGGGAUACUGUUUGUUGUUCCUCCGACGGAGACACGGGCUAGAACGAAGGGCAGCCACAUAGACUUAGACAAUAUAGUUUUGCCGUUUGUCAUGCCUGCUCCUAAAUAUAGGUCUUGUGACAGGCCGGCAACAGCAAAAGCUGUGAGGGAGGCGGGGGUUGAAAUAAGUGGGUUGGGGACAGAACUUUCAGAAGUAUCAUCUAUUGACGAAAUCAUGGAAGAGAACCUCGAUGAAGAGGAAUUAAUUGAGGUUAAUGACCAAAUCGCUACAGAAGAGGAGAACGAAUUUGCUAAUCAGCUUUGGAGCCAGGUUGAUGCAUCCCAGAGCUGCUAAUGCUUUCCAUCUUUCAGCAGAAGAUGCAAAGUUCGUUUCGUGAACGUUUCUGCAAAAGAUGAAAUUUUCCAAUAAACUAAAAUCAAUUUAGACAUUGCAUUUUUUCACCAUUAAUUUGGCCUCAUCUGUACACAAUUCAUUGUAAAAAUGAUUGACCUAAUUAUAUGAAGGUCCUGUACAAUAUCCGAAAGAUUCUUUGUACUGCUCUAGUCUACAUGGAAGUGUAGUUAUACCCCA